UUCAUAGCUUCCUUUUUCUCUUUCUUUCCCUUGAACUCAUCCACUUGAAAACUUUUUUUUUUUUUGUCAAAUCUUCUUCUCAUUAUUUUCCUUAAUUCUCUUCGACAUUUCCCUUUUGAUCCAAAUUCCAUUUCUUCUCUUCAAAGAAAACCCAAUUUUCUCACUAUUUCCAUCAAAUUUUAACCAUUCCAAAGAAUCAUCUUUUUUUUUUUCAUUUAUUUUGCUCAACUUGUUCUUUCUUUAGCUUGUUUUUUCAUCUUUUUCUUCUUCACUUUAUUGCCAUGUUUUUAGUAUAUAUAUAAGUUCUAAAGUUCCAAGCUUUGCUUGUUAUAACCUUCUUCAAACAAUUUCAGCUUUGUUUUUAUUAUUGUUAUAUAAAUAAAUCAAAAAAGAAAAAAAAAAACCCAGAUUUUCUUGCCUUGGUUCUUUUUCAAAAUUCACUUGAUUCUUUAAAAGAUUAGUCUUUUUAGAUUCUUUAGCAAAAAAGAAGAAAAAAAAAAGUUUGAUUCUUGAUUCCCAAGUAAAAUAAUUCUGAUUUUUAAUGCUCUUUUUAAGCAUCUAAAUAUUACUUCUUUCAUCUCCAACAUGAUCACUGUUUUCCCAACUUAAAAUUUUCUUCUUUCUUUUCUUUUUGGUAUGAAUUUUUCAAGUAUGGAAGCUUUAUUUUCAACAUCUUUUAUGUCAAAUAUGGAUUGGUUUCAUCAAGAGAACCAAAAUACAUAUUGGACUAAAGAAGAAAACAAAAGGUUUGAACAUGCUUUAGCUAUAUAUGGUGACGAUGUACCUGAUAGAUGGAUAAAAGUUGCAGAGAUGAUACCUGGUAAAACUGUUUUAGAUGUUAUUAAACAAUACAGGGAAUUAGAAGAAGAUGUUUCCGAUAUCGAAGCCGGUCGAAUUCCGAUCCCCGGUUAUCCCACCUCAUCUUUUACAUUAGAAUUGGUCGAUAACCAUGAUUUUGAUGGUUAUAGGAAAAGACCUAAUGGUGCUAAGGGCCAUGAUCAUGAAAGGAAAAAAGGUGUCCCAUGGACUGAAGAUGAACACAGGAGGUUUCUAAUGGGACUUGUAAAGUAUGGUAAAGGGGAUUGGAGAAAUAUUUCAAGGAACUUUGUGGUUUCAAAGACACCUACACAAGUUGCUAGCCAUGCCCAAAAAUAUUACCAAAGGCAACUUUCAGGGGGAAAAGAUAAGAGGAGACCGAGCAUCCACGAUAUUACAGUUCUCAAUCUCACUAGCACCACUACGUUUUCGGACCAUCGUAAGGCUCUGUCUGUAAACCAGUCUAAUGUCCUUGCAUUGCAGCAUAAGAUAGCCAGUAUGUCAAAAGCUGUAAGCCUUAAUGGGUCAGUUACUGUUUUCGAUUCGGGGAAUGGAAACAGGUUUACAUCGUCGCAGUACCAGGCUGCUCAAAAUCUGUAUGGUAAUGCUUAUCAUGGAGCUCAUAUCAAACACCAAAGUUCAGUAUUCUAAAACCCUUCACAACAGGAUAUGUAAGGCUGUUGUUGUUCUCUGUUGUACUCGAAAGUCGUCUCGGUUUUUCGAAUCUAAUAAUGUUUGGGGUUCUUUCAUGAUGUUAAAAAAUGGUCUUAUUGUUAUACAAGGAUGAAAACAAAUCAUGUACUGUAAAUUCGAAAAUAAAUACGCUAUUCCGGUUCGCCAAAAAA